AGGAAGUCGUGAUUUAAUUAAGAUCGAAGUGAGCGUGCGCAAGUACCCCGACACGCAGACGCCGAUCGAUCGGCCGAUCGAUUCGCGAUCAGUUGAAAGGGUGCUUUUCACAAAGGAAAGAGAGCAGAGACGAUGAGCGACGGCAUAGUUGGCGCGAUCGCGAUCAGUUUGUUCGGCAGCGAGAAGAAACGUCGGGACAGCAUGGAUGCCGGUUACACGAUUCUUGGCAACGACGUCGACGCGUGCAGAAUGUUCGACCAGUUCUCUUACAAGAGAAACGAGAACCUCGACUUUUCGUUGAACGUGCCACAACCUCACCACCAUCAACAUCAUCACCCGGCGUCCUAUCAUCACAACGGUUACGCAAUGGCUGAUCAGACGUUUCACACGCCCAGUUUCGGCGACGAGGAUUUCGAUAUCCCAGCGAUUCAUUCUCACUCGCAUCACCACCCACAGCAGCAACAACAACGUCAACAACAGCAGCAGCAGCAGCAACAACAACAGCAGCAACAGCAACAACAGCACGAGUCAAUGCACGGAGGCUACCAGACUCAAAUGAUGCAACCGGCCGGUGUUCAACGGUCUCCCGACGGGCUGAAUCUCGAUCCAGGUGGAUAUCAACAAUCGCUCUACCUGCAACAAGAUCACCCGAUACAACCCAUCGGCGUCAGUUCGACGUACGGUAACUCACAGAAUUCUUACGCGAAUAUGAACUCUCCGCGACAACAGCAUGGCAGUCAACAGAUGAUGAUGCUUCAACAACAGCAGCAAGCACAGAUGCAGCAGCACAUGCAAUACAUGCACACACAGCAGCAGCAACAGCAGCAGCAACAACAGCAGCAGCAGUUGCAGCAACAGGUGCAGUAUAGGAGUCCUACGGGCGGGGGCACGACCGCGAUACAAUCGAGCAACGUUCCCGAACCGAACAACAAUACUACUACUUCCGAGGACAGCGACGACAGCACACCUCAUCCCGGAAUGAUUACCGGAAACAAACGACCUUCACCGGAACCGACCGACGGCGGAGCAAAAAAUCAAAGGAAGUCGAAAGCACAGAAGAAGAAGAAGAAGAGAGAUCCGAACGAGCCACAAAAGCCCGUCUCGGCGUACGCUUUGUUCUUCAGAGACACGCAAGCAGCGAUAAAGGGACAGAACCCGAACGCGAGUUUUGGCGAGGUGUCUAAGAUCGUGGCUUCCAUGUGGGACGCUUUGGACACUGAACAUAAAAAUGUUUACAAGCAGAAGACAGAGGCCGCAAAGAAGGAGUACUUGCAAGCCCUCGCAGCGUACAGAGCAUCGUUGGUCAGCAAAGGCGCGGCCGAGAACGAUCAGCCGCCACAGUCGCAGCAGCAACCGUCGCCGCAGCAGCAGCAACAGAUGCAGUACGCCGCCUACGGUGGUUACGCCGGCAACGGAGCGACAGGAAACGUCUCGUAUCAGGUAUACAGUCCUCAGCCUCAACCGCCGUCGCCUCAGCAACAGCAUCCGCAUUCUCAUUCGCAUCAGCAUCCGCAUUCUCAUUCGCAUUCGCAUCAACAUCAGCAGCAACAUCAACAUCAUCAGCAACAACAACCGCAACAGAUGCAAAUGAAAAAAUCUCCUCAUCAUUUGACGAUGUCGGGAAAUCCACAGCAACAGCAAACGCAGCAGACCAUGAUGUCCAACCAGAUGGCGCAGGCGCAUAUGUCUCAGCAGCAGUCGCAGCAACAGCAGCAGCAGCAGCAACAGUCUCAACAUAUGCAGCAGCAAGUCUCGCAGCAGCAGUAUAUGCAGAUGUCGCAGCAGCAAGUGCAGCAGGUGCAGAUGCAGCAGCAGUCGCAUCAUCAGCAGCAGCAACAGCAACAACAGCAGCAGCAACAGAUGAUGCACGCGAGUCCUCCUAAGGGCGACUCGAUGUCGAGCCCUCCACCGGUGAACGCCGCGUCCCAGCCGACUAUGGUUGGCCAGAGGCAAACCUCUAACGCUUGUAUACGUCACGGAUGCCCCAAUCCCGCGGUAGCGAACAGCGAAUGGGAGGACGAGUACUGUAGUAACGAAUGCGUGGUCAGCCAUUGCAGAGACGUGUUCACCACAUGGGUGUCUUCGAAUCAAAACUCACAGCAAAACUUUUCCACCGUGAAAUAAACAGGACGAUCUCCUACCGAUCUUCUAACCGAAUCGAAUCUAUUGCCUAACGUUUUGGGCUGACUCGCGCGUUCCAGCGAAAUCAUACGUGUACAUAGACCGACGAAGAGAUUUUACGUAGAAUCAAAAACAAAUAAUAAUAACGAUAAUAACGAUAAUAAUAAUAGAAGAAAUAAUUAACGGACGACAGAAGCGCGCGUUUGCCGAACCUCGAUAUACACGUAUAUCGUUGAAAGACUGCCCCUGCGUCACGGCACGCGUUCGAACCAAACUUGGCGCCGAGCGUCGCCGUGGUCGCGAAAGAGUAUUAGAAUCGCCAAAGUAGCCGAUAAAAUCGGGCUGUAGAAGGAAUCGAUCUCGCUGUCGUACGUUUCGAUGCGACGAAAGCGAUGCAACGAAUCGUAGAAGCGACAUUGUAUUCCUUGAGACGCGUUUAGUUAGGACCCGAUAGAAAGCGUAAAUAUCGGAACGUAUCGCGAUCGCGAGUCGGUCCAGGUUCGACCCGUGAGGUUUCCGCAUCGGAACAGUCUCCGUUUAAACGUCAGCGAUCACCGGUAAUCACCGAGCGAAGUCGAUCACAUUACUGAAAAGGAACCGCUACCGGUGACGCGCAACUUAUUUUUAUAUAAUUUUACAAACUUUUUCAUAAGUAAACCACGAAAGUUCGUACGAAUAGGCAACGACGUUGAAGCGUGAUCGAACGUCUAUCGAUUCGCGUUCGUUCGCUCGUUCCGUAUCGCGUCAUUUCUUUUCCGAUCGUUUACACGAGAGAUCGCUUCCAAACGCUGUACGUUGACGAAGAGUCGAUCGGUUCUCAGUUAAGAAGUAGUUUAUUCGAAUCUGAAUUCUUGAUUCAAUUUUGGGUUCCAAAAAAUCAUUUGACGCGUUUGCGUAACGCGGUAUCGAUAAGUUUUUUUUUCUUAACAAAAUUUCUUUUUAACAUCCUUGUAUAUAUAUAUGCGACAGAGAAAUAUCCCAUAAAAUAAGUCUCUGCGAUGUAAACAUAAUCGAUAGUGUAUUAUACUGGUAACGAUCUUUGACAUGUUAUAGAAGCGUUUAAAUAUAUAUAUAUAUAUAUAUAUUAUAUAUAGAUAUAUACAUACAAGUAUAUAUGUAAAUGUAAAAAACUAACUGUCGCAUCGGUGCGAUGCGAUACGAGUACGCGUGAGCGGGCACUGGUACGCGUAUCGUGCGAAAAAAGCGAUUACGGCGAUAUAACGAGAGAGCGGAUAGGAGAAGUGGACGAAUGAUUGGUUGAUAUUGUUCGAAACGUGCAAAAGAUCGAAUGGAAUCUUGUAAACGAUCAUCCGGUCACACGAAGGAGGGAGACUUUUUCAGAGUUAGUCGUAAUAACGUAUAAAUCUGUAUACUGAAAAACAAAAAAAGCAACAAAGGACGAAAAGAGAAAAAAAGAAAAUAAAUUUAGAAGAUAUCAAGUUAA